CCCGGAAGGGCGGCCCCAGCGCGGCCGGCGCGGAGCAGGCAUGGAGCGGGCCGAGGCCUACGGCUUCUCGGGCGCCAUGAGCGGCGCCUUCCUGCUGUCCUGCCUGCUCUUCGCGGCCGUCAGCCGCCGGCAGCGCGGGCCCUACAUGGACGAGGUGUUCCACGUCCCGCAGGCGCAGGCCUAUUGCCACGGCCGCUUCCUGCAGUGGGACCCCAUGAUCACCACGCUGCCCGGCCUGUACCUGCUCUCGGUGGGAGUGGUGAAGCCCGCGGCCUGGCUCCUCGGCUGGACGGGGAGCGUGGUGUGCUCUGUGGGAAUGCUCAGGUUUAUCAACCUCCUCUUCAGUGCUGGGAACUUCUAUUUACUGUAUUUGCUUCUGUUCAAGAUCCAUCAGAAGAAUAAGGCUUUGUCUGGUUUCCAGAGAAUCUUGUCUGCAUUAACUCUUGCAGCAUUUCCCACCCUUUAUUUUUUUACAUUCCUUUAUUAUACGGAUCCAGGAUCAGUAUUUUUUACUCUUUUUUCCUAUUUAAUGUGCCUUUAUGGUAACCAUAAAACUUCUGCUCUCCUUGGAUUUUGUGGCUUCAUGUUUCGUCAGACAAAUAUUGUGUGGACAGUUUUUUGUGCUGGAAACGUUGUUGCAGAGAAGCUAAAUGAAGCCUGGAAGAUUGAGUUGCAGAAAAAGAAAGAUGAAAAGAUUUCUUCCAGGAAAGGAUCGUUUUCAGAUUUGACCAGAAUACUGCAGUUUCUUGUUGAAUAUCUCUUGUCACCCAAAAAUUUAGUUACACUUACUGCUUUAACUUGGCCAUACAUCAUAUUAGUAUCUCUCUUCUUUGUUUUUGUCUUCAUCAACGGUGGAAUAGUUGUUGGUGACAGAAGUAGUCAUGAAGCCUGUUUGCACUUUCCUCAGCUGUUCUAUUUUCUGUCCUUUACUGUUUUUUUUUCAUUUCCUCACUUACUGACCCCCACUAAAAUCAGGAAAUUCCUUUUGUCAUUGCGAAAGCACCCUGUGCAGUAUAGCUUAGUCACUGUCAUCUCUUUAUUCCUGAUCUGGAAAUUUACCUAUGUCCAUAAGUAUUUACUGGCAGACAACAGACAUUAUACAUUUUAUGUCUGGAGAAAGGUGUUCCAAAGACACGAGCUUGUAAAAUACCUCUUAGUUCCUUUCUAUAUAUUUGCUGGCUGGAGUUUUGCUGAUACACUAAAAUCAAAAUCGAUAUUCUGGAUAUUAAUGUAUUUUGUAUGUUUAUUAGCAGUCACAGUUCCUCAAAAAUUGCUGGAAUUUCGUUACUUUAUUUUGCCAUUCUUAAUAUAUAGGCUCAAUAUUCCAUUUCUGUCUCUAUAUAGACAACUUCUGGAGCUGGCUUUUUAUAUUUUUGUAAAUGCUGUAACUUUUUAUCUUUUUCUAAAUAGAACAUUCCAAUGGGAAAAUAGUGAUGAAGUACAGAGAUUUAUGUGGUGAUUUCUUUUUUUUGAUACUUUUAUACCUGUUGGAAAACACAGUUCUGUUUCAGGACUGGACUCUGGAAUGAAACAAUGUUUUGCAUCAUGUAAGGACUGUUUUCCCGAGUUGGAAUUGGGAAGUAAGCUCAUUGUUGCAACCAAAUGCAAGAUCUGUUAUAAUGUGAAGAUACUCCAUAUAUUGAAUUUAUGAGAAUUUUAAAAUUCAAUAUGAGGGGAAAUGUGAGAAUAACUUUCUGUAACUAAUGUAAAAUAAGGGAGAUGUUUACUGUCAUUUUUCACGAUAAUAAAAUAUUAUAUAACAUGCCCUUGAAGGUAAAAUAGUUUAUGUUUCAGAGGUUUCUCUUUUGUAAAAGAAGGAUUUCAAUCUAUUUAACCUUUUUGUUUAUUUAUCUGUAUGCAUAUUUAUUCCUCAAAUCAGGCCAUUCCCUUCUAGGUUUGCUUGGUCAAAGUAUAAACCAUGAUUAAAGUACAAUGUUUUCAAAGCCUCUUACGUCUCACUGAAUUUUCAUUACUUUUUUUGUCAGUAAAUGCUUACAUUAGUUUUGUAAGCAGAAUGGGCUCUUAAACCACUAGAGAAUUUUGAACAUGUUAUUUCAAACUGAUAUUUAGGAAACACAGCGGAUGCUAUGUGUGUGCACCUUCUUUGGAGGAACAAGUGUUACUGUACAAUAAAACAUAAAUGGCAGUUGGUAAUGUGACCUGUUGGAAAGGGAGUAGUUUACAGAUGUCAGCCUGCAACGUGCAGUGGAUUGCAGCCCUCUUAAAUAAUUGAGCUUUUAUGUCCUGUGGUUCUGUGCUCACAGGUUUGUGCUGAAAUCGACUCUGAGUGCACUUCUGAGUUGCACUGAGUUUCAAAGAUCUUUGAUGUGUAAUCUUCAAGAAGUACUAAUGGCAUUAUUGAACUAUUCUUUGAAGUGUUUUUCAUGCUUAAUGGAACUUGAGUGUAUAUAUUCUGUUUGACAAAGGUGAAAUGCAAUGUAUAUAUACAUCUAUGUAUAUACAUAUAUUUAAAAGCAUCUAGUGUGCUCUAUCAUCAGAGUAAAUGAAGGCUUUAAUAGUUCCUGUAAGUAAAUCACUUCUAUUAAGUCUCAAAAUUAUUUGAUUGCUACAGUAUGUGGCAGGGGAGAGUGGUCUCCAAAACUUCAGGCACUGUGUAGCUUCUUUCAAUUCAUUAUUGUUCUGUAAUGAUAAAACUUCAGCCAAAUCUGUGCAAACAUCAUAUUAUUGCCACUCAAGUCACUUGGAAUAGGAAUUGUUUCUCAGGAGGUCAGUUCUGAGGAGUUACAGGCUCAGGUCAGUACUGUUAGUGUUUUCUUUUACACCACGAAGAUCCCUGUCCUGGCUCCAAUUCCUGCCCUGUACUAAUGAUGGGUGUGGUGAGCUCAGAUUCUGAUCAAUGCCUAUGCAACCCUGUUUCUCCCAAGGAAACCUCCAGCCACUCUUCAAUGAGUAGGUGUGUUUGUAUUGAAUUCAGGAUAUUUGUCAGGUCUCUUUUUGCUUCUUGGCCUUUUGCCAGCCUGGUGAUUUGUUGUCAAUGUGUACCAUAGGGAAAGCCAUUUUCUAUCAGUCCCUAUUUGCUUCACAUUGAAGGGACAAAAGAAACCUGAAAUGGAUUGCUUUUGAAGAAUCCAGCGUGGCUCUGGCAGGGUCCAGGUUGUUGUGUUGUGAUUUCAGUGUUACAGAUUUGGGAGGCGAAGUCUUGUGUGCCUUCUGCUUCCAAUUUUGUUUUUGUAUGCCAUGCCAAUAAAAUCAUAAGAUAAAGAGCAUUUGCCUGCUUAAGUACAAGUUCACUUGUGCCCUGAAAUGCUGAGUUGGAAUGGUAAUGUGGAAAGGCAUGGAGCGCUGUCUAGUAUUCCAGGUUGUAUCUUAGAUCCAAGGUUUUUUUCUGGUUUUAUGUAGGGGAGCAGGUGUUAAUUCCCUUGAGAAAAGAAUUCCCUUGCAAAGAUCCCUCUGCAAUCAACAGGUGUUUUAUCCAGCAUGUCUGUUUUUACUGGUUUCAAAUGCCAUCCAUGAUACACUCUGUUGAGAGACUGUUCGUGAUUCCUGUUUUAAACAGAAGUAGCAGCUGUGUUUCAAGUGAAAAGAACCAGUAUAAAUAUGUACAAUUUUAAAACUGGUUUUUUUUGUUGUUGUUGUGAAAAGUGAAUGCAAAACAUCUACCAAAAUUUAGAGCACAAUACCUUUCUAAUGAGCUCCACCCCAGGAGACGCUAGAAAAAUUACACAUAGAGAGAUGUCUGUGACCUGUUGGGGCUGUUUAACCAGUGCUAUGAAAUGGCAUUUUAUAAUGGAAUUUAUCCCUAUACUUACAGGUUUUAAUUUAAAAGUAAAAUGAUGCUUAAUAUACUUUGCUCAUUUGAAAGCAGGCUGAGUUGAUAAAAGUUUAUUUAAAGAGGGAAGUUGAUGAAUUACUACAGUAUGAAAGGAGAAUGUAUUUGUAGAAUAAAGCUACAUUUUCCCUUUUGCCUAUGAGCCUGAGGGUGUUUGCAGGUAAUAUUCAAUGUUAGCCAAGUCAGUCCAGAAAUCCGAGGCAUUAUAUUGUAUCAGAACUGGUCAUAAAGAAAGGUCUCCAAAUUCCAUCAGUAUUUCCUAUUUUGACAAGUAGCAGUAACACUGUUGAAAUCCAUUGAAAAAUGGAUUUUAGUAUUUUGUAUUUUGCCCCUGAAAUAUUUCCAUUGUAGUUGUUUUAAAUUUGUUAGCUGUUUUCCUUAAAGACAUGCAAAAAGGGCUGUAUUUAUCCUACUUCAUGUUGCCAAGGUCUUCUACAUUCAAUAGAACCAUAAUUGCUUACUUUAGGUUAAUUCUCAGCAGGUGUCAGUGAAAUUUCUUACAACAGCUUUAAAAUGUUAAUUUCUUGUAAAUUUUAUUAGCUAUCAAUUUAGAAUAAAAUCACACUAAUUUCUUGAAGUAUUCAAGGUAAAACAAAAAAUAGCAUAGCUAACAUUUUUAUAACGGUUGCUUUGAAAAAAAGGCUCAGUUUUAAUUUUUCUUAGAAAGAAGAUGAUUUUUCAGUAACUGUUGGAAUAAUAAAGAUAGCUGAACAGUCACAGCAUGGCUGAAUUGUUUUGAAGUGGGGGGAAAAUUACAAACAAUCAGACUUUUUUUUUUCUUUUAUUUAAAAAUAUGUUGUUAUUCAGCAAGAUAGGAAGUUUGAUAAUGCUUUAUGCUGUGAACUGCAUUUCCUGCUGUUUGUGAGCAUUCUAUAUUUCAUUCCUUAUAACUUCCUUGACAACACAUGCUCAUGUUCAAAAUUAGCAAGAUUUUUAUACUAUAAGCAAUUCUGGAAUAUUUUUUCUGGUAAUUUUCUAGAGGGUUGAUAAAUAAGAUGGAUGA